CUAGCAUAAGUCUCCCAAUUGUAGGGGUCGUGGGAGGUGGACUACAAAACACGAUGAUUCCUCAUCUGAGUUUUUCCCUCUCUCUUCUUGUUCAAGUUCAUCAAGUCCUUCGAGUCGUUCUUUAAACAAACUCUGUUGAUAAUAGCAAUCGCUCUUUUUGCUAUAUCUAACAUCCACUCUUUUAACCCGCACACUCACCACUUUUCAACUUCUAUCUACCAAGGAUUUCGAAUCUUUUUCUUCCACAUCAAAAUGAAGACUUCCAUCAUUGCUACUGGCCUCGCCAUCGCGGCCACUGCCCACGCCGAGAGCCUCAUCAGUGUGCCCAUCGGCCUCUGUGCCGGUAUUCUCGGUGAGGCUACUUGCAACCAGCAAUCCAGCAACUCCGGUGGAUUGAUCAACGUACCAGUCGACGCCUGCCUUGCUGCCCUUGGUGAAGCGAAAUGCAACAAGGCUUCCAGCGCCUCCAAUGACCAGGGUUCCCUCAUCAGUGUCCCCAUCAAUAUCUGCUUAGCAGUCCUCGGUGAAGCCCACUGCCAGCAAAAGAGCAGCAGCUCCGGCGGUUUGAUCGACAUUCCAGUCAACCUCUGCCUUGCCGUCUUGGGCGAGGCUGACUGCUCCAGCGGUAGUUCUACCACUGGCCCUGCUUCCACUGGUCCUUCUUCCACUGGUCCUUCUUCCACUGGUCCUUCUUCCGCUGGUCCUUCUUCGGCUGGUCCUUCUUCCACAGGCGCCGCCACCACUGCUGGUGCUCCUACCUCGAGUGGCUCAGGCUCUGGUCCUACUUCUGCUAAUAACGGUCCCUCGGCCACCGCCCCUGCUGGUACUUCAAGCGGUGCUCAGGGUACCUUUACUGCUGUCACCGGAGCCCCCUCGACCACCGUUGUGCCUAUCAUUCCCGCCAGCAGCUCCGUCGCUGUCCCACCCGCUGCCUCAACCGCCGUUGUGGCUUACACCAGCACCAAGACUAUCUGCCCAUGCGAGGGAUCCUCUACUCUUGUCCCAACCGCCAAGCCGAGCGGCCCAGCUCAACCCACUGGUGUUCUUCCCAGGCCUUCGACUGCUCCCAGCAGCCCGGUACCUUACACUGGUGCCGCUGGCCGUUUUGAGAUCUCCGCUGCGACUGUUGUCCUAGGUGCUAUCGCUGCUCUCGCUUUCGCCUAAAUUCGCUAACACCCUUCUCUGCUGCACUAUACGGCAAGAUAUAAGACCGCAUGGCGUGGACCGAUGUCAACAUUUUUUUCGGUCAUGAUGUCCGGCCGAUGAUGUCUCUUUAUUGAUGGAUAAUCUGCUUUUCUAUAACUUGCCUUAUACCCUUUACCUCUAACGUGCGGACUUUUUGGGAACACGAAUCCAACAAUACAUUCUUAUUACACUUUAAGAC